AUGUCUCACGGCAAGAUGACGCUAUACAAGCUGGUGGUGCUGGGUGACGGCGGUGUGGGCAAGACAGCCUUGACUAUUCAGCUAUGUCUGAACCACUUCGUCGAAACAUACGAUCCGACCAUUGAGGAUUCCUACCGCAAGCAAGUACAGAUUGAUGGUCAGUCAUGUAUGCUCGAGGUCCUCGACACCGCCGGCCAGGAGGAAUACACUGCACUCCGCGAUCAGUGGAUAAGAGAUGGCGAGGGCUUCAUACUGGUGUACAGCAUAUCAUCACGCUCCUCGUUCACACGGAUACAAAAGUUUCACCACCAGAUUCAGCGGGUGAAGGAGUCAUCGGUGGCAGGCUCGCCAACAUACCCCGGCUCUCCCCUUUCACAAACAAUGGGCAGCUCGGCUUUCGGGCCCGCGCCAAUCAUGCUCGUUGGCAACAAAUGCGACAGAGUCACGGAGCGCGAAGUCUCGACGCAAGAAGGCAGUGCACUCGCCAAGCAGCUGGGCUGCGAGUUCGUUGAGGCAUCCGCGAAGAAUUGCGUCAAUGUCGAAAAGGCCUUUUACGAUGUCGUCCGCCAGCUCCGGAGACAGAGAGCCAGCGCACCCUCACGAAACAGUCACAAAAACUCAAACUCCGACACUCCACGAACCCCACGACCAAAUGGCGGCGAGCACUACUCGGACCGCGAAAAGAAGAAGCGAUACCGAAGAUCUGACAAGGAAAGAGGCGGUAGCAAGUGCGUGAUCUUGUGA